AUGUCACCUGUCGUGUAUCCCUACACCGUCACCAACAGUUACAAAGGGGGCCUCUUCAUGCGAACAUACAGCCGCAACGUACGGCGCGCCUGGGAUGGGGAGGACUACCGUCCGCCAAAGAGGCCACGCCUCGAGGAUGCGUGGAACGCGCCGUCGUUCACUUCCGGCGGAUACAACGAGAACGCGACCCUAAAGCCCAUCGACCUCGAGGACAGCCUCGAACGCGCCAUACGCGAGACCAGUGUUGCAGCACUCUCCUCGUCGCCGUCGCGGAAGAACAGCACUGUCUUUUCGGCAGAGUCACAGGAAGACGAGCUGGGUUCCAGCACUAUCACCCCGCCAUCCUCUCCUCCGCCCGUCCUGCAACUCACUCCGCCGCGGAUCAAAGUACACAAGCCCAACUUUACGGCAAUUGACAAGGCCAGAAAGGAAAAGAAGGCCCUUAAGAUGGCAAAGCGGAAACGCGAGGCACAAUCAUUAGCACCAGUCCUGACUGUGGCGGAACCUACGCGUCAAGACUCGGAGCCUCUGUCCGAAAUCUUCAACUCGAGCGCACGCGCACAAAGCUCUCAGCCAUCGAACAGAGACGCGUCGGAGAGGCAUGAAGGCGACCAGGAGUCAUCAAUUACGCGUCCGGUGGCCAGGCCGUCGCUACCAAAACAGCAAGACUUGGUUCAAACCGUGCUGGACCUGGGCCAACCAACCGGCCCGACGACAUGCCCACAAUGCCAAAUGUCCUACGUGCCCACGUCGUCGGAGGACAACCAACUCCACCACAUGUUUCACCAUCGCGACAGCUCUGGUAUUGAACUGGGAAAGCCCUUCCUCAAGUCCGCCAUGCGGUGGUGCUACCAAGUGGCCCACAUCCCCGGGAGUGUCGUGGUUGUAGACCGAAAACUGGCCUUGCCUGCGCGCCGGACGGUGCAGAAAGUGCUCUCGAUUGUCAACAAGGAGCUCGGCAGCGUGGACAUCAAAGAGGAGGAUCUGUGGAGUCAGCGUGCCCUUGAAGGCGAGAGGAACGAUGACCACACCAGGAAAUGUGAUCGCUACAAGGCCUUCUUGCACGUCAUCGAGGACAAGUGCGUGGGCAUUUGCCUCGCCGAGCGAAUUACCCAAGCUCACCGGGUUCUCCCAAACGAGACGGCCACCAGCGAAACCAUGGCUCUCAACGACCACCACCACUUCCGACCUACAGUAGGUCCGGCGACUCCGGCCGCCACCGAGUUCAACGGCGAAGAAGCAGAUCAGCCUUUCACAAAGCCUCAGGUUCCGACCCCCAUCGCCAGCCCGACGGCAUCAGGGCCUUCGUCGAGCAUCAGCAUCUCGGAGAAAUCGCAUCCGGCCGUCGUGGGCGUCAGCCGCAUCUGGACGAGCCGAGCGUUCCGGCACAAGGGCAUCGCGAACAAUCUCCUCGAAUGUGUCAUGAGUCAGUUCAUUUACGGCAUGGAGAUUGAACCUCACCAAGUGGCAUUCAGUCAACCUACGGAGAGCGGUGCAGCGUUGGCCAGAGCUUGGUUUGGAACUGAUGAUGGGUGGGCGGUCUACCGAGAGGAGUAA